AUGACUCAUUAUAGUAAACAUGGUAAUUUAUAUUUUGCAUUUUAGAUCCUAGUGGUUAAUGGUCAAGAUUGAUCGAAAGGUAAAGAAUACAACAAGAAAUGUAAGAAAAGUAAGAAAAAGAAGAAUAAGAAAAUAGAAAGCGGUUAUAUAGGUAUUAUAAUUCAAAUGAAAAUAGAGAAGAAUUGGAAAGAUUGAUUAAUGAAUAGAAAUAAUCUACAAUUUAAAAAACUAAAUACGAUAGUGAAUUUGCUGGAGCUAUGCAGAAAUUCUUACAUUAAAGAGACAGUGUUGAAUAAUUGAAAUUAUAGGAACUUAAAUAAAAACAAUCUGAAUUUAUAAGAUAUAGUCUAGAAUAAGAAUAAAUAAAGAAAGAAUAAUAAGUAUCUCUAUUUUUAUUAUUUUAAAGCGACUCAACUUUCUUUAAGAUAGAUAAUAACAAUUUUAAAUUGGAAUAAUGAUGGAUUAAGCAGAAAAAAAGGACAUUUAUUUAAAAUAAUAAAAAAAAGAAUAAGUUCAAAAAGAUUUAGCAUAAUCUUAUCUUUAAUAAGAAGAAUAAAAAAAAAUGGAAUAAUAUUUGUCUAGAUAAAGAGAAUAAUAGCUACUUUAAGAAUAAUUAUAAAGAAGUCAAAAAGAAGAAGAGUAAAGAUUAUUAGUAAUCAUCUAUUAUUAUAAAUUAGCAUCUUAGUAAAAUCAAAUAUGGAUAUCAUUAAAAUGAAAAUGUACUUCAGAAAUAUAAUGAUCUUUAUUUACAAAAAGAAUAUAAAGAUAAAGAACUACAAAGAAAAUUUAUUGAAGAAGCUGCAACUUAUAAGUAAAGAUAAGAAGAAGAAAAAUAUAUAAUGGAAAGAGUAAACAAGGAAAAAUUACAAAAGGAUACUGUAGAUACAAUUUUAAAUUAAAUACAUUCAAAACAAUAGAGUUAGAGAGAAUAAUAGAAUAGCAAAUAUAAAGAUCAAGAAGUAUUACUUGGACUUCAUUAAAAAUUUUAAAUGCAAGAGAGAGAAUAAAGUGAAAGAAAGAAUCAAUUAUAAUAAUAAUACAGAUAAGAUUUAAUUAUGUAAAUUGAAGAGGACAAAAACAGAAAAUAAUAAGAAGCAUCAAUGAGUAUGGUUGAAUUAAAUAUGAAUAAGAAAAUAUUUGAAGUAUUAAAAUAUUCAUAUUUAUAUAGGCAGAAGAUGAUCCUCAAUUAGCAGGUAUUGGAGUAGUUCCUGGAUUAUCAAAUCAUGUUGAUUAUGAAAAACUUAAAUAAAAGUAACAUUGAUAUCUAUUUUUAAGAGCAUAUGUAGAUGGUACAUUCAAAAAAUCAGCAGAAUAAUAAAUGUAAUUUAAAAGAUUAAGAAAUGUAAGUGCCUACAUUGCAGGUAAUAAUGUUACUUAAAAUUAUGGUUAUUGA